AUGGCCAAGCCGUUUGACAUCGCAGUGAUUGGCGCCGGCCCGGCCGCUCUCGCCACUGUGAAGGCGCUCUCCAAGAGCAAGCACUCUGUGGCGUAUAUAAACGGCUACACGUUCCAGGAGUUUGCUAUCGCCGCUGCCGUCUUUCUGAAUUCACCCGAGGAGCAUGUGAAGUGGACCUCGGGGGAUCCUUCAAAGUGGCAGCCGAAGCAUGCCAAUGUGGAGUGCUUCCACAGCUCCGCUGAAACAGUGGACUGCGACAAGAAGGAGAUUACCCUCAUGAACAAGGGGCCGCAUGCAGGUGUGGUCAUCUCGUACAAGGCGGUGAUUCUCGCCACAGGGCAGAAGUCGCCCCUGAUCACCCCGAUGCCUGGGAUGAGCCUAACCGAGCGCAUUUCCGAGGUGCAGGCGUGCGGCAAAGCUUUGAAGAACGCGAAGACGGUCAUCUUCAAUGGGGCUGGCUUGGUUGGGAUCGAGAUGUGCGGGGAUCUGCGGGCCAGGAGUGGCUACGGUGCCCGCUUGAUUCUCCUCUCCCGGUCGGGUAAGGUCCUCGAUUCGGACUUUGGCGACAAAUCUCUGAAGCCAGAUCCACAAAUCGUGAGCAAAGUGACCGAUAUCCUCACCAACAAGUUCAAGGUGGAGAUCAAGGAAGGAAGUGUUUCGGACCCGACGUCCGCGGAACCUUCCCUGAGCCCAGGCACGCUGAAGUUGGAUACUGUGGUGCAUCUUAAAAAAUGCGGCUGA